AACUAAACGAUAAACCGUCGAGAUGAUGAAACGUAACUUCCUUGAUGAGCCAGCUCCGGCAAACUAUGUCGCUGGUCUCGGCCGUGGCGCCACUGGAUUCACAACGCGAUCUGAUAUCGGACCCGCACGCGAGGGUCCCUCGGAAGAAGCUAUCAAAGCUGCUCUCGCUCGGAGAGCAGAAGCGUUAGGACAGGCCCCGCCAACUGCUUAUGUUUGUUUGCCGUUACCUACUUUCUUUGAGGCCUUUUCUAAUGAUGGUCCACAGGGUGCGGAUAAGAAAAAAGACGACGAUGAUGAUGACGAUGAUCGAUUUCAAGAUCCCGAAAAUGAAGUUGGACUUUUCGCUGGAGGAGCAUAUGACGAAGACGAUGAUGAGGCGGAUAGGAUAUACCAAAGUGUGGAUGAAAAGAUGGAGAAAAGGCGAAAGUCACGAAGGUAUUACUUCCUCUCCUCCCUCUCACACCUUCCUCUCAUGUUCGCCACUCUUUUUUUAUUUAUUUAUUGUGGAAUGCAUGGUUUAUCAUCAUGGUUUGCACGAGACAGUUUUGCCGACUCCUUCGUCAUCAUAUAGGGAAGCACGCGAGAAAGCCGAGCGCGAAGAAUAUGAGCGCAAGAAUCCGAAAAUCCAGCAUCAGUUCGCCGACUUGAAGCGGGGACUGGAAACCCUCACCGAUGACGAUUGGGCGAGCUUACCUGAAGUGGGGGACCUUACGGGGAGGAACAGGAGGGCGAGACAGGCCAUGCGGCAGAAGUUCUAUCCAACCCCGGAUUCAGUUUUGGUGAAUGCUGCCGGCUCGCAGUUUGAGACUUCCGUCCAGGAUGAUGGCACCGCUGCGGUUUCCGCUGACACGGCGGAUGGGACUAUGACAAACUUUGUGGAUAUUGGGAAGGCAAAGACAAAGGUCCUAGAAGCAAGGCUGGACAGAUCCGGAGGUGACUCGGUGACCGGCGCUACGAACAUUGAUCCAAAAGGCUACCUCACCUCGCUCAACCGGAGUACCACCCAAACUGCAGAGCAAGUCGGCGAUAUCAAACGUGUUAGAGAGCUGUUACAGAGCGUUAUCAAGACGAAUCCUAAGCACGGACCCGGUUGGAUCGCAGCUGCUCGUCUUGAGGAGGUAGCCGGUAAAAUGGUCCAAGCCCGAAGUCUUAUCGCCCAAGGCUGUGAACAUUGCCCGAAGAACGAGGACGUGUGGUUAGAAGCAAUGCGUCUAAAUGAUCCCGCAAACGCCAAAAUCAUUGUAGCAGACGCGGUCCGACAUAACCCCAAGUCCGUUAAGCUCUGGGUGGAGGCAAUGGAGCUUGAAACGGAGCUACGGGCAAAGAAAAGAGUUCUUAGAAAAGCCCUCGACAUCAUCCCCCAUUCGGUCGUCCUCUGGAAAGAAGCUGUAAAACUCGAAGAAGAUCCAGCGGAUGCCAAAAUCCUCCUUGCUAGAGCUGUCGAACUCGUCCCCUUGAGCAUAGAACUCUGGUUGGCCCUAGCACGCCUAGAAACGUUUGAAAAUGCGCAAGCAGUCCUCAACAAAGCCCGCAAGGCCAUCCCCACAAGUCCGGAAAUCUGGAUUGCUGCGGCAAGACUCCAAGAGCAGCAAGGCAAUGCCAAUAAGGUCAACGUCAUGAAACGCGCCGUCCAGGCCCUCGCCCGCGUAGAGGCAAUGCCCACACGUGAGGACUGGAUCAAGGAAGCCGAAAAAUGCGAAGAAGAGGGCGCGACCGAGACCUGCCAAGCUAUCAUCCGGGAGACCCUCGGCUGGCAGCUGGAAGAAGAUGAUGACAGGAAGAAGAUCUGGAUGGAUGAUGCUGAAGCUUCUAUCUCUAGAGGAAAGUACGAAACCGCUAGGGCGAUAUACGCAUACGCUUUAAGAGUGUUCCUGGUGAAAAAGAGCAUAUGGCGCGCAGCCGCGGACCUUGAAAAAAAUCAUGGCACGAAAGAAGCUCUCUGGAACGUCCUCGAAAAAGCCGUUGAAGCCUGUCCGCAGAGUGAAAUUUUAUGGAUGAUGCUCGCCAAAGAAAAAUGGCAAGCGGGGGAUAUUGACGGCGCUAGGAUCGUCCUUGGGAAAGCAUUCAAUCAAAACCCCAACAACGAAGACAUCUGGCUUGCUGCUGUUAAACUUGAAGCAGAAAACACCCAGCACGUCGCCGCUCGGGACCUCCUCGCCACUGCCAGACGCGAAGCGGGCACAGACAGGGUAUGGAUCAAAUCCGUCGCCUUCGAGCGCCAGCAGGGGAACACCGAUGCUGCGCUGGAUUUGGUGAAUCAUGGAUUGCAGCUUUACCCCAAGGCGGACAAACUCUGGAUGAUGAAGGGUCAGAUAUACGAAGCUGAGGACCGACUCCCCCCCGCACGGGAGGCAUACAACACCGGUACAAAAGCAUGUCCCACAAGCGUCCCUCUCUGGCUUCUCCUUUCCCGCCUUGAGGAAAAAGCUGGCGUCCUCGUCCGCGCGCGCUCAGUCCUCGACCGCGCCCGCCUUGCUGUACCCAAAUCCGCGCAGCUCUGGUGUGAAAGCGUUCGCGUCGAGCGGCGCGCCAACAACACCUCCCAAGCCAAGACUCUCAUGGCAAAAGCCCUACAGGAAUGCCCACACUCCGGCCUCCUCUGGGCAGAGUCGAUCUGGUACCUCGAACAGCGCACGCAUCGUCGCCCGCGCCUCGUUGAGGCCAUCGAGAAAGUCGGUAAUGACCCCAUUCUCUACGUCGCCGUCGCAAGGAACUUUUGGGUGGAGAGGAAGUUGCCCAAGGCGAUUAAUUGGUUUGAAAAGGCAAUCUUGGUAGACCCGGAUUACGGCGAUACGUGGGCGUGGUACUGGAAGUUCCUGAGCAUGCACGGGACUGAAGAGAAACGGGGCGACGUGCUCAAUAAGCUGAGCAUUACCGAACCCCGGCACGGAGAGGUAUGGCAGAGGGUUGCGAAACAUCCCGGUGCAAGGUAUAGGAAUCCGGAGGAGAUUCUGGAGGCAGUUGUUAAGGAGUUGGAAUAGUUCGUCGCUUUGUAGACUACACAGCACGAAACCAUGAAUACUUUCGUUUUGCCGUUGGAAAGGGAGGAGAGGAAGGGCAUCUGUAUGAUAUUGUGGGGUAGCUCCUAUGACGCUGUAAUGAUAUUCCCCUAGUUUUUCCACGAGACAACUGGUCCGCCUUUUGUAAACGAUUGUGAGAUUGUAUUUUGAGCGGCAGUGUUGGUGCUUGAAGGUGGAGUUUGGUAUAGUUGUAUAAUAUGCUGUUGUGGUAUACGAACACAGUACUGUACCGUACUGUAGACUACUCGUACUUACAUCUACCUUACUCAGCUACGAAUGUGUAUACUAGUGAGAAUUCAAGCUGAUACAGCAUAAAGGUGAAUCCAAUCACACCGGUGCUGUGAUAAAUCCCAUCUAAAU